AUGAUAAUCAGGAAUCCAUUAAGGAUGGUCGGCAAAACUUAUCAUGACGCUGUUACCGCGCUAAACUCUCUGCAAUCAAAUUAUGCCAAUAUCAUGGCCAUACGUCAAACCGGUGAUCGUAAAAACAUUAUGACAUUAUUGGAAAUGCAUGAAUGGUCCAGAAGAAUUGGUUACGCUGCAUCAGACUUCAAUAAGUUAAAUAUUGUUCACAUUACAGGCACAAAAGGUAAAGGUUCUACCGCAGCUUUUACCUCAUCCAUUUUAGGUCAGUAUAAAGAGAAACUGCCACGUAUUGGGUUAUAUACAUCCCCACAUCUAAGGUCAGUGAGAGAAAGAAUAAGAAUCAAUGGGGAGCCGAUUUCUGAGAAGAAAUUUGCAAAAUACUUCUUCGAAGUUUGGGAUCGUUUAGAUAAAACAACUUCACCCCUGGAUAAAUUUCCACAUAUGGUUCCAGGAAGUAAGCCUGGCUAUUUCAAGUUCCUUACUUUGCUGUCAUUCCAUACUUUCAUACAAGAAGGCUGUAAAAGUUGUGUCUACGAAGUCGGUGUUGGAGGUGAAUUAGAUAGCACCAAUAUAAUCCAAAAGCCAACUGUGUGCGGUGUUACCUUAUUAGGAAUAGACCAUACGUUCAUGCUAGGUGAUACCAUUGAAGAAAUUGCUUGGAAUAAAGGUGGGAUUUUUAAGCCUGAAACACCAGCAUUCACUGUUGAAAAACAGCCUUCUAAAGGGUUGAUAGUGUUGAAAGAAAGAGCUGCGGAACGGAAAACAACAUUAACAGAAGUAUCCGUAUUUAAGCAGUUGCAGAACGUCAAGCUUGGAAUUGCGGGUGAAUUUCAGAAAAGUAACGCAUCCCUAGCCAUUAUAUUGGCUUCUGAAGUUUUAUACUCGUCCAAUAUACUAAAAGAGAAGAUCGGUUGUAAUUCGGAUGCUCCGAUUCCUGAGAAGUUUAUAAUUGGUCUACAAAGCACUAACUGGGAGGGCAGAUGUCAAGUUUUAGAGAGAGGAAAAAACGUUUGGUAUAUUGAUGGUGCCCAUACCAAAGAUAGUAUGGUAGCAGCAUCAACAUGGUUCAGAGACACGGUCUGUUUGUCUAAGAAGAAAAAGAUUUUACUUUUCAAUCAACAAAGCAGAGAUGCCAAUGCUCUUGUUAAUAACCUACAUUUGGCUGUUUCUCCAGAUGUCACUUUCGAUGAUGUGAUAUUUACCACAAAUAUUACCUGGAAAUCAGGCUCUUACAGUGCUGAUCUGGUUUCUAUGAAUACUUCCCAGGAAGACGUGGAAAAAUUAAAAGUUCAGGAUUCAUUGGCUAAAAAUUGGAGCAAAAUAGACAAUAAUUGUGCCCGGACACAUGUAACAACAAAUAUAGAAGAAGCAAAUGAAUUGAUUGAAAUGUUAUACGAUGAACCUGUAGAUAUAUUUGUAACCGGUUCAUUACAUCUUGUUGGUGGAUUGUUGGUGGUUUUUGAUAGAAUAAAUGUAAAGUAG